AUGGGCAUCAAUGGGCUGUGGCAGGUGCUUGGCCACGGUGAAGUCACAGAGCUUGCCGACUAUGCCGCUGCGCAUUUCAAAAAACACCACCGGCCUCUUCGCAUCGCAGUAGACGAGGCCUGCUGGCGCUUCAGAAAUCUGAAUGACGAACAAGUCGCCAAUAUCCGGAAUGGAGAACCAGCGGCCAACCCUAUGGAGAAGACCAUCCUAUGGCGAAUCCUGCGAGCUCACAAGCUCAAUAUUCAACUGCUCUUCGUCUGGGAUGGCAUGAGCAAGCCUUGGAAAGAGCGACAGGGGAAGCGCGGUCCUGGCGGCGGCAAAGUUGACAAUGAGACCGUCAAAUCACUGCACAAAAUGUUUGAUGUAUUGCACGUCCCUUACCAUCGAGCCCCUGGAGAAGCUGAGGCCGAAUGUGCCAAGCUGCAACGACUAGGCGUUGUCGAUGCUGUGUGGAGUGACGAUUGCGACUCAUUCAUGUUUGGUUGUACAACUCUCAUCAAGCAGCAUAGGAAGCCCGGAAACGGCUGUUUGGGCCAAGUCAGCAUCUACGAAGCAUCGACCAUCCUUCCAAACCUCGACUUGGAUGCCGACAGCCUCGUUCUUUUCGCAGUACUUGCUGGUGGAGACUACAAUCUUACUGGUCUGCGAGGAUGCGGUCCAAUGUCCGCCAAGAGAAUUGCACAGACUCGACAUGGACUUGCUAGAAAAUUGGUGCACUGCACGGAAGGGGAGCUGUCAGGCUGGAGGCAUGAGCUCUCGCUAGUGCUACGCGCCUGCAACAUCUCACUAGAAAUACCCUAUGACUUUCCAAAUUGGAAAGCAGUCAAAAACUACCGCCAGCCCAAUGUCACACCCGAUGCAGGAUGCUGGGACCUACCUAAGCUUCACCGGCGAGGUGGAUGGGAUCAGCCGAUUAACGAGCAACGCCUGCGAUGUGAACUUCGCGAUAGAUACAACUUCAGUACCCUCGACUACCUGAAGCACAUUGCUCCGCUCUUUCUUGCCCGUGUCCUUAGAGACGUCACACCACAGCGAAAGCAGGCGAACCUUGAAUAUGGCAUUCAGCUCAAGCGAGGAGGUUCGAGGAAGAAUAAACAAGGACAAGUCGAAGCGCCUAAGUCAACGGUAAACUUCUGGUACAACCCGCAAUCAUUGGUCCAGAUCGACCUCUCUACGCAGCCACCAGAGGAGGAUUGGACAAAAUUUGCUGGCAAAGAUGGUACGCCAUACGACCCCAUGGGCCGAAUCGAUUGUGAAGAUUUCCUGCUGUGCUUGCUGCAGUAUGGACUUCCAGAGGGCGCGCUGGAUAAGCCAGAACGUGCAACGAAAAAGCGCAAAGCGUCCGCGGUCGAAGAGGACGAUGUCGCGGGCACUCAGGGCGGUGCCGCCCAUGACUCCUCUCCAAAGCCUGCGAAGAGAAGUAAGAAGAUAUCUGGGGAUGCCAAAUCAUCCCGAAACCGCAAGAAGCCAGAGGCUGUACCAAGCGCAUCGCCGCCUCAAUUCAAACGCGUCGAGCUACCGGAGUAUCGAUCGCCUGGUCAAUCGCAGAGUCAAGCACGCAGAGUGAUCAAUUUAGAAGAUGACUCCGAGAGCGAAGACGAGACGGCGAAAGAUGGAGCUGGUCUUCUGUUGACGUCGAAUCCACUCCUCUCACAAUCUUCGCAGCAAGGCACAGCCUCUGCCUCGACACGGCCCUCACCCACAAGACCUGGACCCAAGUUCAGGCCACUAAAGCCCAGAAAGCCAUUGUCGUCCCAGUCGCAAGUCCAAGAAUCCUCAGCAGCAAAGCCCAAAGCUCGCAAGCAAUCCCAGCACCGAGAUGACGCGCCCAGAAAGCGAAUCAAGCACGCCGCAUCCAGUAUGUCUGGAACGAUGCCAGCUAAACAAUCCAAGACACCAUCUAAGCGAGAGCUCGAUUCUGUCUUGGAAGCGAAAGAGGCUUCGACUUUAGUACCUCAACCGAAGAUAGCAAGACCUUUCGACCUUGCGCCCGGCGAGACGAUUCCUGCGUCCACAUUGCGAGAAUUGCGACUGGCCACAUUUGCUGCUACAGCAAGCCAUGUUCUUCCUCCGUCACCUGCUCCGAGUUUGCGACCAAAGGUCUGCCCAAGUACUAAUUUAAUCCUGCCACUCACUGGAGCAGCAUCAGUGAAGUGGAACAUUCUAGCACAAGCCGCGUCGAAACAAGGACGGGAUUCUCAGUCUCAGUCUCUCUGCGAGAUGCGCCGGCCGCCCUUUAAUAUCAUGUCUCGCAAUUGUCAGGUGAUCGGUGUGUAUACCCGAAAUGGGUACCAAGCAGGCCGCUCCUUGCACGCCCCACACGGAAAUGAGCUUCUGCAACGGCAAGCUGCAAGGUACAGACCAAUCAAAUCUCACGCUGGGGCAGCCCUUCUGACCGCUUUGCAUUUUCAGCCUCGAAUCGCAAUACGCGUGCCAGUGCGCGUGCUGGCCCAAGGGUUUUAUACAGUCCCGUAUCCGCUCUCUUCCCCUUGUCCUCUCUUUUGCGCCCUUCAUCAACAUUCCAGUCGGUCGUUACCACACAGCCAUUGUCGCAUCGAUAUCGCAUCGCUAUCCGCCUAUCUCGAUACCAACGGCCUCUAUACCAACUCUCUAAUACCACUAAUCAACAUGAAGUCGUCCGCGAUCAUCGUCUCCGGCCUGGCCGCCAUGGCUUACGCUCAGAGCUCCUCUGUCGAUGCCAUUCUCGCAUCUGUCUCAGCCCAGGUCGCGUCCAUCAGCGCAGCGGUCGUGUCUGCUGCCGCUGCUGCUACAAGCAACGCCAGCAUGUCUCCAGAGCAGCUCGCUUCCUACAACUCUGCUGCCUACGCUGCCGCCACCUCCGCUAUGGUGCGUACAUUGACGACGAAUCGGCCAAGGAGUCUAGCAUCAUCAAUGCUGCAUUGACCAGCGUCUACGCUGCUCAGAGCUCUGCCUCUGCGGCUCUCGCGGCUGCCAACUCCGAGCUUUCCACCGCCACGGGUGCUGCCGCCAGCUCGCUUUCUGGCCUCCGCUCCUCCAUCACCCAGGCCAUCGCCAGCCAAAGCAACGUCGCCGCGACGCUCUCUGCAACUGCCAGUGCCGCUCACUCAUCCGCCACCAACGCCGCUUCGAGCGCAGCCCAGUCUGCCACUGGCACUUCGUCUGCUUUCGCCGCACCAACCUCUGCUCCACUCAUCGCUGCCGGUGCCAUUGGUGCCAUCGGUCUGGCUGUUGUUGGCAUGCUGUAAAUAGUCUGAUGAAGAGGUGGAUAUUUUCAUUGAUAAGAAAGUGAAGAAGCAUUGUCAGUGUGCGAAACGGCGUCGAUCAGGAUGUGAGAUAUCAUGGUUGACAUGUCAAAAUUUUUUGAUAGUAAUGCGGUUACUGAUUCAAUGAGGUUUCCAAACAACAAGAAUUCGCUUGCCUGUCCGUUUGACUGUCCAUCUGCUCUAUCUCUAUCUUUCGAGAUAUCCCAUCCUUUACAUUGGCAUCCCAAGGUACUUUCCGUCGAGAUACAGCGUGUAGAUCGAAACAGCUGCGGCCGAGGUCAUGAUGACAGUACGAAAAUUAGCCCCUCUCUUCCACAAAACCUGCGUCUCCCCAAACCUCCUCUCCGCCACACCAUCACUCGGAUCCACCUCAAUCUUCCGCGCCAACUCCCUCAACAAAUCGUUCAAACGCGCCAUAUACCCCAGCGUAAAAACCGUCGUCCCAAAAUUCAGCCCAAACGCAAGAACCAAAAAUUUCCACUUCUCGCUCGCGACACGACUCUCCUUACGUUUCAAAAAACAAAUCACCCCUAAAACGAGAUUUGAGAGCGUCGAAACUGCGUUGAGUUUCGGGAAGAAUUUGUCGCUGGCGGUCAGGAGAUGUCGGAGUUGUUUGCCCCGGUAUACCGCUGGGAUGGAUGAGAGUUCGAGGAUGGGCAUUGUUAGAGGGGCUUGGAGACCGGUUGCGCCGGAGUUGAAACCUGCUGUUAGAGCGGCGAGGAAUUGGAUUGGUGUCAUCCACCAGAAUUGGGAGAGGGUUGGUGAUGGCAUUGUUGAUGCUGGAAGGAGAGUGAUGAUGAAUUGAAGUUGGAG